GGAUUUUUAAAAGUUAUUUUCAAACAAAACUCAUGCGUCAUACAUGAACUUUACUUUUUUUGGUCGAGGGGGGGGCAUGUGGGAAGAGAGAAGGCAGUCUUCGGGUUUUGCAGAGGGCAAAAAAAGUGCAGUGACGUUGUUUCAGAUUUCAGAGUGAGUCUUUGUGUCGGUGAUCUUGUGUUGUUGAUGUUUGGUGUUUUUUCUGGGCAGGUCAUGUUUUAAAUCUUGCGUCUUUUUUGAGUAAUUUGUUUUCUCUUAACUUUGCUAAGCUUUUGUCCGACUUCAUUUUCCGACCCCCUCCCUCCUUCUGUCCAGCCCCUUGGUCAUCACUAGUUCUGUGUCUUGUUUCAUGUCAUUUAAAGCAGCGGUUUUCUGUGCAGAAAAUAUUUGUGCUUCGAUGAGAGCGAUAACACACAAGCAUGUACACUUAUACGAGGUUCUUUAAGCUUUAUUGCAUCAUUUCUGUGGUCUGCAGACACUUUCUGAUGUUUCUCUCAGUGGGGCAGUCCUGUGUGGUGCGUUAGUCUAAAGCUGCUGGUGUGAGGGUUAUCUGUGCAGCAUCGCACUCGAAUGAGGGCAACAUUACACCCAGUUUAAAUGUCGCUUUGGGCACUGGGCUGGAAUGGUUCAAAAUGGCGCAACAAUGGGAGGUUCUCCAGCUUUAAACCCUACCCGCUUGCUGCUCCCAGCGGUGACAUUUUUAAUGACAAAAUACAACACGUAUAAAUCCACCCUAGUUAUUUUACUGUCCAAGUGGGAGUGUGGGAUUUUUUUAACAAUCUUUUUCGGCUAAGACUUUUCUGAAUGUGCCUGUUUCUUGCGUGUGGCGAGCGAUGUGUGAUUUUCGGGUUCAGAUGCGUAUUCGCUGAUGUUCGUUGGAGUAAGUUUGACUGUGUUGUGGACAAAAGGGCUGAACUAGAGGCGCAGGGGCAGGCCAGCUUUUCCUGGACGUCAUCUUCUGCUUUUUUUUAAGAGCACCUUUCAUGUUCGGGUGACAGAAUCAUGUGAACGAGACCUUUUUAUGGUUGGACCUGGUCAUGGAGAUUGUGAAGGUUUGGAGCGAAGAUGGUGCCGGCAAAGUGGUGGAGAUUCCAGCAGACAUGACAGCGAGAGACGUGUGUCAGCUGCUGGUGUACAAGAGCCACUGUGUGGACGACAACGCCUGGACGCUGGUGGAGCACCACCCUGUCCUCGGCCUCGAGAGGUGUCUGGAGGACCAUGAACUGGUGGUUCAGGUUCAAGCCUCCAUGAGCAGCGACAGUAAAUUCCUCUUCAGGAAGAACUAUGCCAAAUAUGAAUUCUUCAGGAACCCCCUGAACUUUUUUCCAGAGCAUAUGGUGGCUUUGUGUCAUGAGUCUGAUGGUUCGAUUCCUCAGGCACAGCUUUUACAGAAUUUUCUGAACUCUAGCAGCUGUCCAGAGAUCCAGGGCUAUCUUUAUGUGAAGGAGCCAGGCAGAAAGUCCUGGAAGAAGCUCUACAUGUUCCUGCGACGCUCAGGCCUUUAUUACUCAACUAAAGGAACAUCCAAGGAACCCAGACAUCUGCAGCUGCUCUCAGAUCUGGAGGACAACAACAUUUUUACAAUCAUCACCGGGAGAAAACUUCACAACGCCCCUGCAGAUUUCCAGUUCUGCAUCAAGCCCAAUAAAGCCAGGAGUGACUGUAAGGAGCUCAAGAUGUUGUGUGCCGAGGACGAACAGAGCAGGACAUGCUGGAUGACUGCCUUCCGACUGCUCAAAUAUGGGAUUGUUCUGUACCAGAACUACAAUGUGCCCCAGCAGAGGAAGGCUAACAACUCAUCUUUCUCUGCUCCUGUGCGGAGUGUAUCCGAGAACUCUCUGGUUGCCAUGGACUUCUCGGGAAGAACCGGACGUGUCAUUGACAAUCCCGUCGAAGCCCAGAGUGCCGCCCUGGAGGAGGGACAAACCUGGAGGAAAAGAACCCACCGUAUGAAUGUCCUGGGGAGUCCCAGCCCCUUGCACCCACCUUCUCUGAACACAGUGAUCCACAGGACACAGGUGUGGUUUCAUGGUCGCAUCAUGAGAGAGGAAGCCCACAAAAUGAUCAUACAACAAGGCCAAGUAGAUGGGUUGUUCCUGUUGCGGGACAGUCAGAGUAAUCCCAAGGCGUUUGUGCUCACCUUGUGCCACCACCAAAAGAUCAAGCACUUCCAGAUCCUACCGGUUGAGGAGGACGGCCAGGUGUUCUUCAGCCUCGACGACGGUGCCACCAAGUUUACGGACCUGAUCCACCUGGUGGAGUUCUACCAGCUCAACAGAGGAGUGCUGCCCUGCAAGCUCAAACACCCCUGCACCGCUGUGGCCUUGUGACACUUCACCCACCUGACACAGCUGCCCUGUUUUUUUGCACAUCAGAAGAUCCCCCAUGCCCGCUCCCUCACCAACUCAUUGGGGUUAAGGAGAAAGAGAAACUCGAGGCCAUUAUUUUGGGACGUGACCAACUCAACAAGAGCCGGCGCUACAGUCCCUCAUUUGUGGUGUUUUUCUCCGCCUUAUCGCCGUUUGGACGUCUGAACGACAAUCGUUCGGACUGUUGCGUGUUGUGUUGUAGUUGUCCAGCUCCUGUGAUGUGUCUUGGAGAUUCAGUCGAUUUGUUAAACACCAAAACUUGUGAAAACACAAGACCACUAAAGCAACAUCUUUACAGCAGGAGUGUUGAGGGUCUUUUGAAUGGAUCUCUCCCUCAGAGUCGUACAACCCCACCACCCCCACCCACCUUCCUCCAGGCCGGAUAAGCUGUGGUGCCUGCCCCUCCCUCAUCACUGAGGUGGGCAGGGAGCACCACCCCUCUGACUUCCUCACUGAUUAUCAGGGAUGGACGGGAACCUCUCUGGGUCUGAUUAGAGCAGAUCCAGGAGUUUCUCAACCUGUGCAGUCCAGUCUGGAUAAGCUGAUACCCUGUCUCUCUCUCCUCAACACCUUAGCGGGCUGGAAGUGACACAUCCACAAUCCCUCCCUGGUGCAACCCCGAUCUUGUCGCCUCCGCAGAAGUUUAGACAACAGUUGGGACAGAUUGAGGAAGUGGCCGAAGGCGAGAUGAGCAGAGCAGUGGCGAGGGUUCGCUAUGAAGGACAGAGGAAUGUUUAAUCAGGAAGGCCGUAACAAGCCUCUCUUGUAGAGUUAAUUACUUGAUGUCAUUUAAUGCUGUUUUAUUCAUGUCGAUUCAAUGCAGAACUAGUUUUGCACUCCUGGACGGACAGACAACAGCUCUCUAGCUAAAAGAAGCUGCCUCCUCUUUCUCCUCCACUCUGUUUCUGCAAAGCGUGCAUGUGAAUUUCCGCCAGCUCUGAUUGGACGACAGCAGCGUGGGAGCAAAGAUACAGCUGAUUGUGCAGUUCCUAUCAGAGAAGUUUAGGAACAUCUCAAAGCCUCUGUGUGGCUCGCAGCAACACCAUCACACCCCCACGAUUAAUGAAUGUGCUCCUGAACCAGCUGCAGCUCCUCAAGACUGAGGAAGAGGAGGAAUACUAUUUUAUAGACUCCUGAAAAGUGUCCACCCCCCAAGCUUCUACCAUUUUUUUGUUUAGUUAUUUUUUAAUCAAAAGGGUUAUAUUUGUUGGUGAAUCAGUCUCUGAAUGUUGCUUUCUUUUCCUGAGCCUAAUCCAAGUUCAGUGCUUGCACAUUUGAAUCAAUCUGAUUGUGGUUGGAGCUGUCCCGUUCAAAUUCUGACCACUGCUCCCUCCUACAAAGCAACAAAAGCACUCUAGUAACUUUGUUUUUUUGUUUUAUCUUUAAAUAUGGAAUUUGAACAAAUGACUUGAAAUGUGAACUCAGUCGUUCGUGGAUCUGCGUAGUCGACUGAGCUUCACUUGCCUUAAGUGAAAACGAUGAGCCAUGUGUAAGAAAUGGAAGAAGCUAUCUUAAAAUGCACAUACAGUGAGACGUUAGGGGGGUGGAAGGACAUCACGCGUGAUUAUGUGAACCAGUAUGUUGAAGGAUAGCGCUAGAUUUUGGGAAAUUAUCUUUCUUGCUGUUUUGCCACUUUUAGAGCUGUAUGGUAAAUUUCGAGGGUUUUCUUUUAUUUGCGUUGUAAAUUUAUUAAAAUAAUCUGAGAUUUUAGUUGAACAAAAGCUUGAAUUUCUCUCUGAGGUUAUAAACUGAUAUUUAAGUUACACAUAAAUGGAAAAACACGUUUUGUUUCUUAUAAAUUAGUUGUUUUGUUGCUUUUGUUUUUUACAAAGUUUCCAGUUCUUCAUUUCUGACUUCUACUAUUUUGAUUGUCAAAAUAAUAUUUUAAUUUUUUUGUUCAGAAUUUCUAUCCACAUCCCCAAUGUUUGGUAUUUGUCUCUCACGUUAAUGGUUGCACUAGCUCUUUUAGACAGUGAUAUUUUCUGUGCUAAGACAGCAGCCUUAUAUUUAGCAUUCAGGCAACAAUCUUGUCUUAAGUCUUGAACUUUAGCCUCAAAUUUGCAUAUAGGUUGAAAAAAUCUUUUAAGGUCAGUUACAUCAACUUGACAGCACAGAUGACUGUGGGUGUGUUUACAUGCACUGCAAUAUUCUGAUAUUAAGCCAGAUUAGAGGAUGUCCUAAAGGGCUUAGACAUAAAGUGUUGAGUUCCAAAAGUGCCAAAAUGCCAUAAAUAAAUCAUUUAAUAAGUUACAUUUUAUUUAAAUAAAAACUGCAUAAAUGUAUCCUUAAUUAUUUAAACAUUUCAAUCAUUUAUUAAAUAAGUAUUUAUGUGAAAUGUACAUGUUAAAAAUCAAUUUUAAAAUAAUUGAAGUAUUUAUUCAGGUGUUUUAUGGUUCAUUUGCCCUUCAAAUGUUGCUGCGGCUUGUUAUUUACACCCCUAGUGUGUGAUUGGUUGACACACAGAAAGCUAACUUCAGACCAAUCAUCUUGAUGGGAGAAGUGUUAGCCCCCCCCCACCCACUUUGAUGAAUGAGACCGACAUUAAAAACAAAUUCCAGAUGAGCUGCUAUCCUUAAAUCAAUAAUAGUGAGAAAUAAUAGUGAAAACAUAUAUAGAAAUGAUUUGUCUAAUUAAAAUACAUUUGACAUAUGUUAAAGAAGGCUGUAUUCAGAAAAAACAGUCCUAGAAGCACCACCAAGAUGUAAAUACACCUGAUUCUUGCGCUCCUGAUGAGUUUUUGCUCUCCUUGGCUGCUUUUGUUUCUGUAAGGUAUAAAUAUGACAUGCCACAGAUGUUUGAUUCUUCCUAAAAUACAGGGGAAACAAGAGAACAUGGCAUGCAAGUAAGACACACAUGUUUUAAUGUCCAUAUGUAAGGAAAUAGCUUACAAGAAAAUGACUUGCCUGAGCUUGCUCACAUCUACAGUCAGGGUAAUAAUUAAACAGUUUAAAACCACUGCAACUGUGGCAACUAAGGUUAUUCUGUCCUACCAUCAUUAAUAAACCCAUGAGGGCUGUGCUAAAUGCUACCAGGGUGAUAAUGAGACCACAAUUCAGCAAAGACUAUGAAACUAAGCAUAAAAAUGUGGAUAAACACCUUCAUGUCCACUGUUACGUGUGAUUGGGGGACCCAUGAUGCUGUGGGCCUAUUUCUCUUCCUAAGACCCUGUGAACCUUUUGGAUAGCAUGGCAUCAUGAAUAUCGCCUGUAUAUUUACAAUAAAAAUUAGGGCGUCUCUUCCAGGAAAUUGAAGAUGGAUCAUCAUUGGACCUUUUGACAUAAUGAUCCAACACCUACAGCCAAAUUAAAACAAAUGGUUCACCACAAUAAAAAUUCAACCUUUUCGCACAGCCACCUUGGUCUCCAGACAUCCUGGGGAUGAGUUCAAGAAAAGAAUCCAUAGGAAAUUACCAAGAAGGAUCUAGAGAGAUCAGAGGUCAGAGAUUGGUCUCUCUGCAAGGGGGUUGUACAAAGUAUUAAUAACUGGGAUGCAAAAACUGUAGAGGGAAGGCUAGGUUACACAUAAACACUUUAAUUGAGCUGGUGUCCUGUUAUAAGGUGAAGAUUGCUGUGCGUAUAAACAUAAGCCAUGUCCAUACUUUCAUUUAGCUUGCAGCAACAAAAUCAGACUCUUGUAAACCUGCUUGGUGAAGCACUUGCAUGCAAACACAAUGUCCAGGAUUAUCUGAGAUCUUCGUAGGGUUGGUUUUUAUCCGUUAACGUGAAAUAUAGCAACACGUCUGUCAGAACAAGACCUCUGAUAACAUUAGAGAGAAUCUGAAAAGAACUAAAUUGGUGGGAGUUACUCUGUGAAACAUGAGACCAUCAGAAUUAAACGUAGCAGGCUUGAUUAGUUUUCUAGUAGUUCUGUUUAAGCUGCUAUCCGUUCGUUUUUCUUAGCUUUAUUAUUUCAGCUCAAAUUAACGAUAACGCUGAAAAAGACACUGUGGCCUCAUUGCUAAGACAUGUCGCUAUGGGCAACACAUGAAGUGAAUCAGCGAAACUGACCCCAUUUGUGCAAUUCAUCUCAGAUUCUACAAAACUAAAUUUUAUUGACAGAUUUAUCAGAUUUCUAUUCCCCAGUUUCCAUGAUUGCAACCGUUUCUGUCGGGACAUUGAAGAGGUAAAAGACAUGCUUCUGCUCUGUCCCUCUAAACUACAUUAGAACCACUGUUAGAAUGUGCAUGAGGACACCCUGCCAAAAAUAAAUCUAUAGACGUCAAGUGUUGUCACUGAUCCACAACUCGGUCACCUAAACGUCGCCGGUUCAGUAGCUCUGUGCUCCACCAGUCAGACCUUUCCAUUUGCUCAAGCCACACUGUCUCCAGGGAUUAGAUGUCUCACCCACCUGUGUCCAGCCCGUUAGCUAUGAUUUUAUACGCAUAUAGAGAAAGGUUUGUUUGCCGUAUUUGGAUGCUCGAACUAUUUACUCCUCUUUUUUUUAGACCCGUGAGAGAAGCACUGCUUGUCAGCUGGAUAUGGAUUCAUAGCAGACUGGAGAUCAUGUGGAAGUACAGUGCUUGCAAAAGUAUUUACACUCCUUGACCUUUACAUUUUUUUAUGUUACAAUCAGAAAUGUUAUUUUAUUUUUGGGGUUUGUUUUUUUGGUAACCAAAAGUGCAUCAUCUUAAACCUAAUGCCCCUGAAUACAAUCCGCGGCAACAAAUUGCCGUCAGAAGUCACCAAAUUAGAUUUAGGUCUGGACUUUGACUGGGACAUUGUAACACAGGAAUAUCCUUUGAUGUAAACCAUUGCAUUGCAGCGCUGCUGUUUGUAUAGGGUGUGAUGCUGCCACCAUGUAGUUGUAACCAUGGAAAUGGUGUGUUUAUGGUGAUCCACAUUAAGUGUUUCAUAUUGGUCAAAAAUUCUCAUUUUAGUCUCAUCAGAGCAGACCACCUUCUUCCACAUUUAAUGUUGUAACAUGACUAAAUGUGAAAAAGUUUACAGAGCAUGAUUCCUUGUGCAAAGCACUGUAUCCCAACAUUCCCAGUCCUUUUCUUUGUCAAUCAGAGAGGAGCAGCACAAACCCACAUCUCUGAGGGUCAGCUCUCACAUCCUCUCACAUCCUCUCCUCCUCAUGGCCUCUCAAUCAAUGUGCUACCAUGUAAUCCAAGUAUUUUUACAUACCAAUUUAGGGUUUCAGCUUUUUUCUAAGUAUGUGAAGCUAUGGAGAUGUAGAUCUAACACUGUACCUAGGUCACAGAUCACUAUGUAUGGGGGUGUUCUGCUUUCACUUGUAAUACCAUAAAUUUGAGGCAGAUUUCUCAGUGUUUUUUGUCCUUUUUCUUUAAUUACUUGAUUGUGUGUAUGCUGACAUGUUUGCCAUAUGCACCACAGUAUAUUAAGUGUCUAAGUCUAAUGUUUUUUCUUUUGAUUUUGUAAUCAAACUGGAUUUUUUUUUUAUAUUGGUGCAUAUAAGCUGACAGGCUGUCAGAGUAUCCACCUCUGAUGCCGCAUCUUGUAAAAUCCCUCCUUCUCUAUCUCUCCUCCCCAGUACAUGUUACGAUGUUCCACUCAUACAGUCACAGCAAGGGGAUUUCAUUGAGAGCACACUCAUUACCAUAUAAUCCAUGGUGAUCUUACAAGUAGCUUUUAUACACUUUUCACAAGUCAUAAGCUGUAGCUCAAGAGGAUUUUUUUGUAUCUCUUUAUAUCCAUAUACUUAUAUUUUAAAAGUGCAUAACUAACUACUUAGAUCCAGUUUGUUCUUGACUAAAUUUCUCAGCUGGUGCCUCUUACUACACAGUAGCAGUUCCUAAUCGCCUUCCGUCCAAUCAUUGGGUUCAUGUACAAUUAGCUGUGACUGUGAAGUGUACCUUACUGGUGCUAAACCCUUAAUGCCAGGUCAACAUCAGCCACACGUCCCAUCGGGUUUAGUGACAUACAGAGUUCAUGCAGAGUGAAAAUGACUAUGCUGGCUGUCUGUUAUUGUUGGGUUGAAGUCAACAUAAGCUGAAGUCGAAAUAAACAUUUCAGGGAAUUCAAACAGUCCGUAAAUCUUUCAUUUUUUCUUCAUACCCCUCAUGGCUUUGCUUCCUUUUUGUCUCUGCGACUCCUGGAUCUACAUUGUAUCCUGUUCAGGUAUUUUUGUACAAAUAAGGGACUGAUAUAUUCUCUGUUUAUUGGAAAUUAGAAUAAAAGACAAAAUUGCUAUAAACCAAA